CUCAAUGAGUACUAGUAUAUCCGUUGGACCAGCUCAGAGUAGUCUUUUGGAGGCCCCCGAAAUCGAUAUACCGUACAAUCAAAGGCGGCCGAAGGCGCGACAAGUCAAUUCAAUACUUGCAGGCCACGGUCUUUCCCCUUUCGCAUUCCCCGGUCCGCUCUGCCCGUCGCUCGACCUCAGGCGCCUCUCGACAUUCGGGACUUCAUCUUCCAGAAUCUAGGGAUGCCACCGCCAAGAUAUCUGAAAGGUACUUAAGCUCGUGCCUCUGCUACUCCACCGAUCCACCAUCCCACAUUCUCCUUGUGUCUACCUAUAGCAUGCCGUCCGUCGACUUCACCGUGUUCAAAGGCUCGGAAGGCGGGAAGAUCGUCAGAGGCACGACACACAGGGAACCUAGGGCCGACGACGUUGUCGUCAAGAUAACGCAUUCGGGCCUCUGCUUCACCGACAUUCUCUUCUGCAAGCAGGACAUCGUCCUCGGGCACGAAGGCGUGGGCCUUGUCGAGCAAGUAGGGCCUAGUUGUACUAUGUUCAAGCCCGGCGACCGCGUCGGAUGGAGCUACAUGCAGGGCACCUGCGGCACUUGUGAUUUGUGCUUCCAAGGCGAAGACAUGUACUGCGAAAAGGCAGAGCUCUAUGGCUUCUGCAACCCUGACAUUGGAUCCUUCGCAAGCCACGCCGUCAUCCGCGAGCCCUUCCUCCUGCGCGUCCCCGACGCCAUUGAGUCUGUACAUGCCGGGCCUCUAUUCUGCAGCGGCGUGACGGUCUUUGAGGCGCUGACGCGCUACGGUGUCCAGUCCACCGACCGCGUAGGGGUCAUCGGCAUCGGUGGGGUCGGCCAUCUAGCGAUCCAGUUCGCGUGUAAGAUGGGCUGCGAGGUCGUCGCUUUCAGCAGCACCGAAAACAAGAAGGAUGAGGCUAUCCAACUGGGCGCCUCCGAAUUUCACGCCGUGAACGGACAAGAGAGCCUCGACAACGUCAGACCCCUCAACUGUCUGCUCGUAGCGACGAGCUCUCAACCAGACUGGUAUCUGUAUCUCGACAUCAUGGCGCCAAAGGGCACAAUCAUUGUACUGACCGUCGAGAUGGGAAACCUGGAGCGCUUCCCGCUCUUCCCGUUGCUCAGGAAAGGGCUUACCCUACAAGGCACUGUGGCCGCUCCCCGCAUCACCUACCGCAGGAUGCUCGAGUUCGCGGCGAGGCACGGCAUCAAGCCCAUCGUGCAGGCGUUCUCGAUGAACGAGGAGGGCAUCGAACAGGCUAUGCAAGAACUACGAGAGGGCAGAAUUCGUUACCGCGGUGUACUCGUUGCGUAGAGGAUGGCGUAAUUAGAAUCGGCCACUUCAGGCGUUGCCAGCUGUGGAGACCCGGGGCUCCGAGAGGUCUCGCUCACGGAGACGCGAGCGUCGACGCAGGGUGGUCGCCCGCUGGCGAGGCGACGCGGUGAAUUAACGGCAGUCCUGUAGAUUCAGACCGCGUCCGCUCGGGCGGUCAAACCUGCCCAAGUUCUC